CGCUGCCGGGAACGCACCCGGACCCAGCGCCCGCUCCGCCGCCAUGGCCGCCGCGCACCCGGGCCCCGCCGCGCCCGCCGCCCCCGCCCCGCCGCCUCCUCCCGCCGCUCCGGGCAUCCUCAUCGGCGACCGGCUCUACUCCGAGGUGUCGCUGACCAUCGACCACUCCCUGAUCCCCGAGGAGCGGCUCUCGCCCACCCCUUCCAUGCAGGACGGGCUGGACCUGCAGUGCGAGACCGACCUGCGCAUCCUGGGCUGCGAGCUCAUCCAGGCGGCCGGCAUCCUGCUGCGGCUGCCGCAGGUGGCCAUGGCGACGGGGCAGGUGCUGUUCCAUCGGUUCUUCUACUCCAAGUCCUUCGUCAAGCACAGCUUCGAGAUUGUUGCAAUGGCCUGCAUCAAUCUCGCGUCCAAAAUCGAAGAGGCGCCUCGUCGGAUAAGGGACGUGAUCAACGUGUUCCAUCACUUGCGGCAGUUAAGAGCAAAAAGGACUCCAAGCCCACUGAUACUUGAUCAGAACUACAUAAACACCAAAAAUCAAGUAAUCAAAGCAGAAAGGAGGGUACUGAAGGAGUUGGGAUUUUGUGUUCAUGUCAAGCAUCCUCAUAAGAUCAUUGUUAUGUAUUUACAAGUCCUAGAAUGUGAACGUAAUCAAACCCUGGUACAGACAGCCUGGAAUUACAUGAACGACAGCCUCCGGACGAACGUGUUUGUUCGCUUCCAGCCGGAGACCAUCGCGUGUGCGUGCAUUUACCUCGCUGCUAGAGCCCUGCAGAUCCCACUGCCUACCCGUCCCCACUGGUUCCUGCUCUUUGGCACCACGGAAGAGGAGAUUCAGGAGAUCUGCUUAACAACUCUGAAGCUUUAUACCAGAAAGAAGCCUAAUUAUGAAUUUCUGGAUAAAGAAGUAGAAAAGAGGAAAAUGGCAUUACAGGAGGCAAAACUGAAAGCAAAAGGUUUAAAUCCAGAUGGAACUCCAGCACUCUCAACGCUGGGUGGCUUUUCUCCUGCAUCCAAACCAUCUUCCCCAAGAGAAGUAAAAGCAGAGGAGAAAUCUCCAGUGUCUGUGAAUACCAAAACCAUUAAAAAAGAGCCAGAAGAGAGGCAGCAAACCUCCAAGAGCCCUUACAACGGGCUGCGCAAGGAGAGCAAGAGGAGCCGCAGCAGCCGCAGCGCCAGCCGCUCCCGCUCCCGGACAAAGUCCCGCUCGCGCUCCCACAGCCCCCGCAGGCACUACAACAACCGGCGGAGCCUGUCGGGCACCUACAGCUCCCGCUCGCGCAGCCGCUCGCGCAGCCACAGCGGGAGCCCCCGGCGGCACCACAACCACGGCUCGCCCCACGCCAAGGCCAAGCACGGCCGCGAGGAGCUCAAGGGCAGCAGCAGGCACGGCCACAAGCGGAAAAAGUCCCGCUCCCGCUCGCAGAGCAAAUCCCGGGAGCACUCGGAGGCGGCCAAGAAGCACCGGCACGAGCGCAGCCACCACCGGGAGCGGCGCGAGCGCUCGCGCUCCUUCGAGCGCUCCCACAAGGGGGGCAAGCACCACGGCAGCGGCCGCUCGGGCCACGGCCGGCACCGCCGCUGAGCCCCGGGGCCCCGCGGGGCUGGGCCAGCUCUGGCACUGAGCCGUGGGGCUGAUCCCUGGGACCGCGGGGCUGGGCCAGCUCCGGCACCAGCACCAAGCCCUGGGACCGCGGGGCUGGGCCAGCUCUGGUACCGCUGCUGAGCCCUGGGGCCGUGGGGCUGGGCCAGCUCUGGCACCAGCACUGAGCCCUGGGACUGCGGGGAUGGGCCAGCUCCGGCACUGAUCCCUGGGACUGGGCCAGCUCCGGCACCAGCACCGAGCCCUGGGGCCACGGGGCUGGGCCAGCACCAGCACCGAGCCCUGGGGCUGCGGGGCUGAUCCCUGGGACCGCGGGGCUGGGCCAGCUCCGGCACUGCCGCUGGUCCCUGGGGCUGCGGGGCUGAUCCCUGGGACUGUGGGGCUGGGCCAGCCCUGGCACCGGCACGGAGUGCACAGGCUGUGGGGCACUGCCAGGGCUGCAGCAGCUUCAACCCCAUCUGGUUUCCUAAAAGGUGUAGAAGAAUUUUUUUUCUCGUGGGAAAGAAACUGUUACCAACUUUUGCACAUAAUACCUUAGCAGUAUCCCAGAGGUGGCAAACGAUCAGGUUCACUGUAUGUAUUAGAGUUGUGUAUUGUUUAUUGAGCUGAGAACUGGAGAAAGGAUUUCUGUAAAAAAGCAAAACGUACAUUAUUUUUAUACCAGUCAAUUGCAGACGCUUAUAUUUAAGUAUAGUUAUUUGUUUAAACAUGGUGGAGACUUUCUUACACUGGUUUUAGUCUGCAUGUGUUCAAAGAUUUUUACAAAAAAUAAAAUAUAAAGCUUU